AUGGCACCAGACUCAAAUGAGCCCAGCAUUGUGGAAGACCAGUACAAGGUCAAUAUAGGACCACAGAGGGUCGAGCUUCCACACUACAUUAGAGCCACUGAAAAGCCACAAAUACCCUUGCUGGACCUUUUCGCUCUCGUCUUUGAGCUGGCUGCUUUUGAGGCCGGCUGUCACCGGGUCGGCGCUACCCUGUUGAUGCUGCCGAAAUUUACUCUGGCGGCAACAGGGCCAGGCAAAAUACGGGUGCUCAUCGUAAAAAUUUCCUUCCCCGUUGAGAGCGAUGUACCGGGAUUGAAGUACACGAUCGUUUACGGUUGUGCAGGCAACAUCCCCGACUUUGUUCAGAUGGGAGGCAGAGACGGCGCCAGAGAUGGAAACGCCACAAAAGCCUUUGUUCUCGCUCACAAGACCCUUCUGGGAGGUCUAGAACAGGAUGAUGAUUCAUGUGGGGACGAGCACCCUCUCACGGGUACUGUGAUCGAUCGCUCAGAACUGGCUGUGGAGAACAGGAGAAAGUUGAACGAAAAAUCCCCCGCCACCUAUCGUCUUUUGAACCCUCCAAAAGCACGCUCCAACGACCUCCCAGGCGAGUCACCUUCUAUGGGCUCUUCGCCUAUCAAUGCCGGGCUGCAGGGCCUGCCCGAUACCACCGGACCCUCCAGAAGGGCCGUCUCUUCUGCAGCAGCCAAGACAUUCCUUGUCCGACCGAAGCCGCCGAAAGAUCCUGCAAUCACACAACUCAAGCUGGCGCCCGAGCACUUGUCCAGUCUGUACCAGUCACUUGAAAAGCUCGAGGAUAGGCUCCUUUGGGCAGACAAGCUCCCAUACUCCUCAUUCCCUCUCAAAGACCGCUUUGACGUCUGA